UGGGCAUAAAAAAGUUCCCUCCUAGUCCUACUAACUACAACACUACAUUCAUAGCCUGCAAAAGUCACUCUCUUUCUCUUCUUCCCCAAAAUUUCACUAUAAAUUCACGACCAUCCCUUCUCUUCCAUUCUCAAUCCUUUCUUCUCUAUCCCUCUUCACUUCUCUCUCUCUCUCUUUCCUUUCUUCCCAACUCCUUUGUAAGCCACCCAUAUCAGUUUUCACCCAAACCAAAACGUGGGUUUUGUUUAAAACCUUGUCCUUAAGCUCAUUUACGCACAAUUUUUACCCCCGUAAAAACUCCAAAAAAAAAAACAAAACAAAAAAACCAAAAAAAAAAACAUAACUCCUUUUCAUUCUUCCUCAUCCAAAAUUCCCCUGUUUCUCCUCUGUUUUGGUAUUUUAUUAAAGAAAAAAAAAAUUAUUGUGGUAGCAAACAUGUCCACGAGUAUUUGUCAAGGCCUGCAAUCAUGUCUGGAGCCGGGCCUCGUGGAGCCCCGAGUCCUGAGGCUGAAGUUGGCCCUUCCCAACCCAAAUCUCCCCCGUUGGAACAAUUCCAAGCCUGAACAACAACAACAACAAGAAAACGACAAUACUAAUGAAUUCCACGAGGUGAAGAAGAAGAUCAAGAAGGACAAAAACGACGACGACGACAUGAAAAACGGCAUGAGCUUCCUCCAGGCUCUGACGGCGAAAAACGACACCGAAACAGAGAAUGUCUACGUCCACCCCAUGGUGAAGCGCUCCGCUUCCAAGCUCAGCGCAAAGAGCCUGGAAAUGUGCACGGAGAACUUGGGAAGCGAGACGGGGAGCGAUACCGGAGACAGCAGCGGCGACGACGAGAUGUCUCUGCUUUCGGCGCCGGCGAGGAAGAGCCCGAUGGCCGCCCGCGAAGUAGUACUCCGGUCGCCGAAGAGGCUGAACCGGGCCGGAAGCUUCCCUCCUCCGUUAACCUCCGUUAGCUGCUCUGCGGGGUUCAAAGUCAGGCCUCACAGAGAGGACGGCCGGCUUGUUUUGAAGGCCGUCGCCGUCGCCUCUUCGACCUCCUUCUUCCAUGCCGAGCGGGCCGAUGGCCGGCUCACUCUCCGGUUGAUGAAAAACUUCCCUCCCAGGAAUGUAGAAGAAGAAGAAAAUGGGGUCGAGAAUGAAAUUGAAAGUGAUCAAGAAGAUUAUGAAGAAGAGGAAGAAGAAACAGAGGAAGUGAAUUGGGAUGAAAAUGGUGGAGAUGAAAUGGAGGAAGAUCAGAAGCUUCAGAGGCCGAGCAGGUGCAAAGAAGAUGGGCAUGGGAAUAACAAUGUGUUGAUAAACUGGGAUAAUUCAUUUUUGGUGGCUACUUGAGAGAAGAACAAGACAGAAAAAAGAAAAAAGAACUUUUCAAUUUCUCCUCUGAUGAGAAAUUUUCACAUUCACGACUAGUGUUAUUGUGAUUGUAGUACCAGUACUAGUGGCUUUGGUUUUUUUUCUAUUCUGAUUUCUCUCUUU